AUGGAUAAGGAUAAGCCUCAUCAUGGAAGUGGGAAUUCAUUUCCUCCGUCUGGGAGGUAUUCUGCUUUCUCGCCGCCAAAAGGUAGUUUCACCAUAAAACCUGAUCAAGUGGGAAUGUCGAAUUUGCCUCCAUUAGCGCCGGGCAGCUCAUCUGACCAGGGUCAUUUUGGUCACGGUGUGCAGUCUUCUAAUCGGUUUAGUCAUGACCUAAGCCGUAUGCCCGAUAACCCGCCUAAGAAUCUGGGCCACAGGCGUGCUCACUCUGAGAUUCUGACCCUUCCGGAUGACAUCAGCUUUGAUAGCGAUCUUGGUGUUGUGGGCGGAUUGGAUGGGCCUUCCUUUUCUGAUGAUACUGAGGAGGACCUUUUGUCAAUGUAUCUUGACAUGGAUAAGUUCAAUUCUUCAUCCGCAACUUCUGCAAACCAAGAAUUUGGUGAGUCAUCUAAUAAUCUGCUGGCAGGCGAGUCGGGUUCAUCUUCUGCUACACCAUCCGGAUUUGCCAAUCAGUCGGGUGAUAAUGUCGGUGAGGUUAUCAGUGAGAAACCGAGAAUUAGGCAUCAGCAUAGUCAGUCCAUGGACGGGUCGACUUCCAUUAAACCGGAGAUGCUCAUGUCAGGUUCAGAAGAUCCUUCGCCAGGCGAUUCUAAGAAAGCGAUGUCUGCUGCUAAGCUUGCCGAGCUUGCUCUUAUUGAUCCAAAGCGUGCUAAGAGGAUUUGGGCAAAUAGGCAGUCAGCAGCAAGAUCAAAGGAACGUAAGAUGAGGUACAUUGCUGAGCUUGAAAGGAAAGUCCAGACUUUGCAAACAGAAGCUACUUCUUUGUCUGCUCAGUUAACCUUACUACAGGGAGAUACAAAUGGUCUUACAGCUGAAAAUAGUGAACUCAAACUGCGUUUGCAGACCAUGGAACAACAAGUACACUUGCAAGAUGGUAAAUAUCUACUGCUUUUACACUAA